AAUAUAAAUAAUAAUAUUUUAAUUAUUACUUAAAAAAAUAUUGUACAGUUUCAUGAUUUGCACAUAGUCUAAUAUAAAUUACAAUGUCUACUGAAUAUCUUUCAAAAGACAUAUUAGAUGAAGAGUUCAUGAAGAUGUUUGCACCACUAGAACGCGUUCAAAUGGCUUUAGGAUGUUAUCGAGUAGAUUCCAAACACAGAUUUGUAACAGAACCGACAUUAUACCAAAGGAUUUAUACAAUUAUUUUGACAGCGAUCGCCACAGUUUUGUACACACUAAUGUCGAAAAUGAUUUUAAAGAAUUUCUACGAGGAUUAUUACGUUUACAAUUCGUGUUUGGUAAUUAUUGUGUUACACUGGUGUUUACUUUAUAGUAACGUAAUUCAUGUAAGAUUUGUAAACAGCGAAGCUAAUGCAAAAUUUUAUAUAAAGUUGCAAAAAGUUGAACAUGUUAUGAAAACUAGUCAUAACAAAACAUUGAAUAUCAUAAUGUACAGACUCAAUUUAGCAACUAUAACACUACUACUAAGUACAUACAUCAUACUUUAUUUAAUUGUAUGUAUAAAUGAUCUCCAACUCGCUGUUUUAGCAAUUGGAACGACAUACUUUCAAAUUGUUUACAUGCUAGAAUUUGCACAUUUUACAAAUCUAUUGUUUUAUUUUACCAUACGGAUACAAUUGGUUAAUGGUAUAAUUAUCAAUCAUUUAAAACUAUAUAAUGGGCCCAAAUUGAUGAGUAAAAUCGAAGCUCCAACAAAGAAUUUCUUUAUAAAAUUAACAAGAGAGGCCCAUAACUUGGUAUUAUGUGAUAUCGAUGUAUAUUUAAAGGAAUUGUUAGAAAGUUACUCUAUUUUCCAAGAUAUUUAUAAAUUCCAGAUUUUAAAUUUUCUGAUAAAGUAUCUCUCUUUUAUGUUUUUUACUUUCGGAUUUGUAAUCAUCUUUCUGCAAAAGCACAUUAUAAAGUACUACGAAGCUCUAGCAACAGUGGGCUUGACAGUACUUGAUUUAACCACGUCUAUCUUCGUAUGCUUUCGUUCUGAACAAUUCCUAAGAAAUGUAAAAGAAACGAAGCUUUUGUGUAUAACACUCUUGGGAACGUACUCUUAUGACGGUCGUCUAAGAGAGAAGACUAAGAGAAUGUUAAAGUUAUUAGAAGAUAACCCACCUAGAUUUUCUGUGUACGAUAUGUAUUGUUUAGAUGCUGGUAUUUUAAUUAAAAUAUUCGGAUUAUCAACCACCGUAUUUGUGACUAUGUACAAUUUACUUGUCUACAAAUAAAUAUUAGUACUUUUGAAAUAAAAUUAUUCAAUAAUAAAAAUUGCGUAAAUAUAUAAUUAUGUUUUGACAAUAUUAAUUAUACAUAUCUAUUAAAAAAGCAUACUAGUGCUUAUUUUUAGGUUCGUGUAUAAUUAUGUGUAGCAUUUAUUAUAUAUUAAAAUUUGUGAAUUACAUUUAUUUAAUUGUUAGACAUUUAUUUUCAUUCAAAAACAUAU